AUGCGACGGCUCCGUGGCUUGGCCCACGAGGCUUUGGCGUGGCCGUUCCUCGAGCAUGAGCAGCGGCUUCUUUGGGCUGCUGUUUUGGAAUUCGAUGCCGUGCCUACGCAGGAGUUGCCGCCUUGGUUCUUCGAGCGGCACAACUUCACACGUCGGCGUCUAGGAGUGGACCUCUUCAGCUUGGACGGCCAGCGGGCGAUUCUUUGUCGGGCUGGGAAUGCCACCGGCCAGGAUGUGAAGCGGUUCCUGCGAACUUCCAAAUGCUUGUUUGAGGCCCCGUGCUGCACUCUUUGGACGCUCAAGGGCUGCGCAAUCUCUGCCGACUCCCAGAAGUGGCUGCGCGACUACGGCGGUCAGCGGAAGAUAAUGACCAAGAAGAGCUUGCGCCAGCUGUGCCCCGAUGAGGUGUCAAGUCCGACCUCUGGCCACGCUCCUACUGGUAGCGGCCACCUUCCGGAUCCGCCGCUGCGACCCUGCCAGGAGGCCUGCCUGGAGGCGUGCGCCAAGGGAGCCCGGGUUAUCGAGAUGGCCUGCGGCACCGGGAAGACGCGUAUCAUCCGCGAGCUGGCGGCGAAGCAACCCGGGAAGGUGUUGGUCAUCGUCCCCUCCCGGGUGCUCCUGGAGCAGUUCGCUGGAGAGAUGCCUGGCUUCUGCAAAGUGGGAACCAGCUACAACGAUAAUAUCGACAUGGCAUCAAGGGGCUUUAUCAGUGUGACUCGUUCAGUGCAUCUGCUGCAGAAGCUGAUAUUCGAGGCCAUUUUCGUCGAUGAAGCCCAUCAUCCCACUCCAUCAAAGCUGCCCGACUGCAACCAGCUUUUCAAGUUCUCGGCCACGCACAAGGAAAAUGCGGAUUUUCGGUACAGCCUUGGCCAAGCCGUUGAUGAGGGGGUGCUGUGCGACUACGACCUGACCGUGCCCGUGACGACUGAAGGCCAUCCGUACAUUUGCUUGGCGAACCUGCUGCUGUUACAAGCAGGGCGGUUUCGCCGCGUGCUCGCAUAUUGCAAUUCCAUUGCUGAAUCCAAGCGGUUCCAGAAGGUGCUGGAGACGGUUGGGGUCGCAGCGUGGCACAUCAACGCGUGUACCAGCCGCAAGGUGCGAGAGCGAGUGAUGGACGAGUUUUCGGGCAAGCUGCAGAAGGCCGUGCACGUGCUGGUGACGGUUCAGGUGCUGGGAGAAGGCGUCAACAUUCCGAACGCCGACACCUGCAUGUUCGUUGAGCCCAGAAGUAGCUACGUGAGCAUAAUACAGGCCAUCGGCCGGGUGCUGCGGCCUCAUCUUGCGAAACCUUUGGCUCACGUCGUGUUGCCUGCGAUUGUGAUGCCUGCCGCCCCGGCCACGGCUGGCACUGCUCAACGUGGUUUGAGCGACAGCCGUGGUGCCACGAGCACAACUGAAGACGGUUUGGUGGCUUCAGCCGGAGCGUCACACUCUGCAGGUUGCGAGGAUGUGCAGGAUAUCCGAGUCCAGGAAUCGCCGAUAUUGCCGGCACGGGUGAUGCCUCGUCAAGGAGAGAGAGACCGCAGCAUGGUUGGGCCGACUGUUACCGACAGCUCGAUCCGGCACUCAGAGCAAAUUUCGGCACAUUCUGAAGCGCAACACGGGACUCAAAGCGGUGAUGGAUUGUUCAAGCUGCGGCGAAGCGAUCUUGCACGGACCAACGGCGCAAGGGCCCUACCCCAGCCUGGCAGGAUUCGAGAGGAGGGUCGCAAGGAUGGCUGUGGCGAGUCGCUUUCGACCUCAAGGCUGCGGCGGUAUGAAAGCGGUCGCCACAUCGUCAGCAAAGCGAACGUGCAGAUUGGCAGCCAAGGUGGCAGCAACAGCAGAGCGAAACCACAAGAUCACGGGUCUUGUGCACCAGCAGUAAUUGAGAGCCAGUGCCGUGCUGCGGAGAUCCCCGACAGGUCGCUUGCUGUUUGUGACGGCAGGUUGGUACGUGAUUCGGAGCUGUGCGGACCGGCGCCGCGCUCGUCUGGGGGGACUGCAGCCGUCUUCGUAUCCGAGUCUGCCACCGGACGAAGCAGUGCAACCUUCACAGGGUCGGUGGUCCAUCAAGACGAUUCUGCUUGCUUGAAGUUGGGCCACCCACGGUCACGGGAGCGUGAGCAGCUUCACUCGCCUUCGGCCAAACAAAGCCCCACUUCACGGAAGCCGAAGGCGAAGACGGCCACCGGUGACAUGAGCAUGUUCGGGCGUAGAAACGCCGACCAGCUUGACAGGUUCAUCGCAGCAAUAGCAAAGGCGGACUGUCGAUUUGCUGCCGACGAUGUCCGGCAUUUGCAGUCUCGUUUCUGGGUGACGGACUGCAGGCUUCAACACUCCAUGAUGCAGCAGCUCUUGCAUCGCAGUGUCCAGUAUCGGCUGGCUUUGAUCUUGCAGCAGCAUGAUCCAUGGGAUCUGCGAUUGCAAGAAGUGGAGCAGUUUGUGCUAGAUCAUGGCAGGCUUCCGCGUGAGACCAGGGCUGGGCCUGAUGAGAGAAGCUUGGCAAUCUGGCUGCAGCAUGUUGGCGUCAACAGCAAGACGCAGUCACUCCCCGCUGCCAGGAUGCAAAAGCUGCUGAACUCCUCCUGUGGCAGGUUGGUUGCCCGUGUUGCGAAAUGGCUGGAACCGGAGACAUCCUUUGAGCGAUGCUUGAAGCAGCUGCGUCAGUUCGUUCGGGCUCACCAUCGCAUGCCCAAAUCCACUCCCAAGGACGGUUUGGACUUGACUCAAAUAUUGCACUCACUUGUAGCACCCGGACAGGGAGUCCGUGAGAGGCGCCUCCAGCUGCUGGAGAAGGAGGGCCCCAUCGUUGCGAGAUGGGUGGUGAAAAUGCGAAGACGAGAGCUAGGGAUCCACAAGAACACAUGGAUGCAACGACUGCAAGAUCUUGUUGAGUUCGUGGAGAGGCACGGUAAGAUGCCGCGAUCGAAGCCUGCGGAGGAGCGGGCGAUGUACGCUUGGUCUUGCAGACAACGGAGACUUCUGGACGACCUGCCGGUCGAGCUCCAAACAGCUUUGUUCGAAUCCCAUCCAGCAGUUGCAUCUUUCUUGCAGAGCUGA